AUUAAAAUAAUAAAGUAAAUACGUAUUAAGUACAGAUGUGCUUUUAGGGUUUGGUUAAUAUGUUUGAUUGGUUAAUACUACUUGACAUAUGCGAAAAUUAUGGAUGAGUUCCUGCGAUAUAAGGCCUAAAUUUACCGCCAACAAAACCAUGGAGCUCUGUAACAUGAUCACAACGUGUCAUCAGAAAGAAGUUGCCUGCUGCAUUUCAGAUGAACACCGAUGUGACCAGUCGUCUUCCGCUAUAUCAGCGGACUGCGGAACCGGUUUGGGGUCGUAGUGGAUAUGAUUUUCAUCGUUCACCUCCCCCGUUGCAAGGUGCUACCGUACCGCCAUAUUCCACUGCUGUUAUUCAUUCUGCUGUUAAACCACCUACUGAAUCUGAUAUUUACAGGGUUGGCGUUUAUGGCUGGCGAAAGCGAUGCUUGUAUUGUUUCAUCUGCGCGCUUACUGUUGCUGUCCUAUUGAAUUUAGCAUUGACUGUAUGGAUUAUGUCUGUUCUCGACAUUUCUACAACUGGAAUGGGUACAAUGAGGAUUGAAGAUGACAGUAUUCGAGUUAUGGGCGAAGCGCAGUUUGAUCUUCCUGUUCAUUUUGCAGAGCUUUCCACUGCAGAUAAUGAAGCGUUGACAAUCGAUUCGUACCGCGGUGUCUUCAUAAAAGCUCGAAAUAUGUCUGGAUAUCAAACUGCUAUGCUAAAUAUGUUUCAAGAUGGACGUAUGGAAGCAGUGUGCGAUCGUUUUGAAAUUUACGAUAAUUCUCGAAAAUUGCUAUUUUUUGCUGAAUCCAACGAAAUUGGCCUCAAACUUGAAAAUCUUCGGAUACUUGAUGACGGUGGAAGUGUUUUCGAAGGAGCUAUACAAACAGCACUCAUUCGUCCGGAAUCUGACAGUCCUCUAAGCCUGGAAUCACCAACUAGAAGUCUGUACCUAGAAGCAGGUCAAGAUAUUGAGAUUAUUAGUGCAGCCGGAGAAAUUCAACUGUCAUCUCUUCUUGAUAUCACUAUAAAUUCUAAACAGGGUGAAGUUCGUCUUGAAUCAAAUAGUAUAGUCAUGUCUGGAUUACCGAGAAGUGAAGCUCGAGGGAGUGCCCAGUAUCAAUUAUGCAUGUGCCAAAAUGGAUUACUGUUUAUGGCGGUGGUUGGGGCUGAUUGUCGAGCAGAUCGAGGCAUUUGCAGUUAACAACUCUGAUAAAAUUCGCCUAGAGUUAAAGUCUGUCUUGAAUCAAUUGCUC